AUGCGAUCCAGACUGAGGAAGACGCAGAGACUUUGGAGCCACGGGAGCCACGGCCACAGCAGCAUCAGCAAGCACCGGAAGCAUCCAGGAGGCCGGGGUUAUGUUGGUGGCAGGCAUUACGACAGGAUCAACUUCAACAAAUAUCACCCAGGUUACUUUGGAAAAGCUCGGUGUCUGCUCUCGGAAUACCCGACCUCUGACAUCCCCCUGCAACCCGAGAUAACGUCUCACCCCGUCCCCAUCCCCAUAUCCCACUAUCCUCCAGAGCUGGUCUUUGGGGGCAGAGAGGAGACAGCAGACUGGGAUGCCAUGCUGAGUACCAGAGCCACUGCCACCAAGUCCAGACCCAAUGCCACAUGCCACCGACACCCACCCACCCAACUUGCACUCUCAAUUCCUUUCGAUUCUAAGCCCCAUGUGGCAACUCUUAAGGAACAGCUGAUUCAGAGCCUUCUUAACCUACUUAAGGAAGACCACACCUCACCCCACCCCCAGAAUAAGAUUACAGUUGUUGUUGGUGCUGUUGGCAUGGCCUGGGCCAUCGCUACCUUAAUGAAGGGCUUGGCAGAUGAACGUGCUCUUGUUGAGGUCAUGGAAGACAAAUUGAAGGGAGAGAUGAUGGAUCUCCAGCACAGCAGCCUUUUCCGUAGAAUGCCCAAAUUUGUCUCUGGCAAAGGCUAUAACAGGACUGCAAACUCUAAGCUGGUUAUUAUCAUGGCCGGGGCACGUCAGCAGGAGGGAGAAAACCAUCCUAAUUUGGCCCAAAGUAACAUAAACAUCUCUCAAUUUAUCAUCCCUAAUACUGUAAAAACCAGCUCAAACUGCAAGUUGCUUGUUUCCAGUCCAGGGGAUAUCUGGAUCUGUGGCUUUCCCCAAAACCAUGUUAUUGGAAGUGGCUGCAAUCUGGAUUCAGCCUGGUUCCAUUAUCUAAUGGGAGGAAGGCUGGGAGUCCUCCCAUUAAGCUUCCACGCGUGGGUCCUUGGGAAGCAUGGAGGUUCUAGAGUGCCUACACGGAGUGGAGUAAAUGUUGCUGGUGCCUCCCUAAACACUCAGAACUUCCGGGGUCCUGAAGCAGAACGAGAGCAGCUCGGGCCGCGCUCCCGCCGCCGGGGCCUCCGGGGCCGCUCGGGGCUGCGGAGGCGGGUUCGAGCCCCGGCGCGGCCGCGCGCGCGCGGCUGA